UUCAUGUCGGAGGAGGAAUGUUCGCACAAUGAGGGUCUGUGUAGCAGCGGUGCUGUUGCAUCGCUCCGCCACACGGACAAAUGACUGUCAGUGGACUGGUUCCCAGUCGGGCACUGAAGCGGCUCCCUGCCUUUCGCCUUCAGGAGGCUCCCCUGUGGCAGGAGAUGGAGCGAACAAAGAGAGGAAGGACUUGUUUUCCAACAGCGUGAGUCUGGAAGUUUUGUUUUAACAGCUUCCGCGUCGCGUCUUUUGACAGUGGCACUCUGAUGAGGGGGGAAUGAUGGCCGUGGUGAAAGUCCGCUUGUGCGUGCCGCGGUUUUGAAUCAUCCGACACGGGCUGCUGGUGCUGCUGAUUGCCGCCCGCUCGUCUCCCGAGCGCAGAGAGGGUCGCGUCGGUUUAAGGAAGAGCGGACGCCCACGAGACUUUCAUGCUCGUGAAUAAUCUCAGAUUUAAUUAUAGGCUGACACAUCCGCCUCUGGGGAGCCUGGGAAAACAGUGUGGGAACUUUGGACCUCAUCUUCAUUUAUUUCUUUUAUUUUCAAAACGUGGUUAUUGGAAAACCUGAUUUUAUAUAUAAAAAAAAUCUUGUUUUGUUUUUAUUUUCCACAUGUUUUUCCACAUAUUUUUAAUUAAUUUUUAAUUUCCACGAGACCUGAGCUUUCCGAAACUUGGAGGGUAUGGGAGAGGCGACCCCCGCUCAGUCCGCGGCGGGGACCUUCGUGCCCAUGCUGGGUGUGGGAUUGGGGGCCCUGGCCGGUGGUGGGGUCGUCGGCGGACCGGCGGCGGCCGGGGGCCCCCCCGCCUCCAGGGGCUCCGCGGUGCCCCAGCUGAAAAACGCCAUCGUGGAGCGCCUGCGCGCCCGCAUCGAGUCGUGCAGGCAGCACCACUCCACCUGCGAGAACCGCUACCAGCGGGGCCAGCACGAGAGCUCCGACCGCGAGCACAAGAGCACGCUCCACCUGCUCAACAUCAUCCACCAGGGGCCCGGGAACCGCAAGGUGAAGGGCGGCCGGGGAUCGAACCAGCAACCUCCCGACUACAGCAGGGGGGACAGCAGGGAGCUGAAGGGCCCCGACGGGGAGCAGAAGAUCCUCACGCGCCUCGCGCUUCAAGGAUCUCUGCGAAGGAAGUUCGAAGUAAAUGCACCAGGGCACGUCCAGAAGCAGAACGGCCUCUCCUGUGGUUCAGACUUCAAGCGUGUCUGUGUGAACACCAGUGGAGUGGACCACGUUAAUUACAGCCACACUUUAACCAAUUCUCUGCAAGGGACCUCAAAUAUUGGCAUGCAGAGGAAGCCUUACGCAAUGCCUCACGUGUCGGGGUCGGACAUGUUCAACAUGACGCUGAAAGAAAUGAAGAAGGAGCCGAUAGAGAUCCAGUCGUGUGGCCAUUCGAACGCCGAGAUGAUUUUCGACAUCAAAAAUGAAGAUGGAGGUCAGAUCGAUCCGGAGCUCCAGGAUCUGUUUGAUGAACUGACAAAGACCGUGCCCCCGCUCAGUGAUCUGGAGUUUGAGAAAAUGCUGAAGCAGGACGACUCCUUUGUUUUAGAUCCGGGGCGACCGAGUUCUGCCGGAGCAGCUGCCAAUCUGUGCACCCCUCUGGAGAAGCUGAUAAAAACGGAGCACUCGCAGGAUUUUGGGCAAGCUCACGAUGGUUCGUCGCAGCUUCGGCCAGCCUCAGCCGGUCCCUCCUUCACCCUGACCAGCACCUCCUCCACCAACACGUCGCAGAAAGCUAAUACCCAAGCAGGACAGAGCAGAGCCAUGCCCUGCUGGCCAGAAAUCUCCCACGCACAGCAGCUGAAACAGAUGGCGGCAAACCAGCAGCAGCCUAGUUCUCUUCUCCAUCACCACCAACAAACUCCACAUGUGGGAAUGACCAGUUGGCCUCCUGCAACCAGCACCUUCCCCAAAGUCAAGAUCUCCAGUCCACCCCCACUUACCCAGCACCGGAUUGGCUCUCACAGUAAAGGCAUUAGCAACUGCCUCUUUAAGGCAGCCGACCACAAUGGUUCCCAUCAGAUGGACUUGAAAGGCAUUGGCACCAAGCCCACUUUACAUUUCAGCCCUAAUGCCCCCCAUUCUGCCGCUCAGCCCAUGUCCAUCAUGGCGAGCUCAGUGACCAAGACAGAGCGGCAACAGUCGCCGUCACCGGGCCAGAACCAGACCCAUUCAGCUCUCCAUUUCCAGAACCAACAGAUCUCAACAUCAGGGGGUCUUUGUCUGCCACCCAAGUCUGUUUCUGCGGGGCUUCCCUUCCAGCUGUCUCAGCCACAGGGGGCUCCUGCUGGUCCAAGGCUGCCCACUAAUGGAAACCUAGGAGUCAUGUCUGCCCAGCCUCAACCACAGCCCUCAGCACCCAACAACCAGCAGAAAGGCCCAGUGAAAGGCCCGGCCAUGCAAAGACAGGUUAACCAACAGCAGCACGCCGUCAGCAACGCAGACAAAGACAACCCGCAUGAACUUAGUCGACACCUUACAAGACCCCCGCCAGGCUAUCAGCAGCCGAGAAGCAUGGUGGGAGUUCAGCAAGGAAAUAUCUUCACAGGUCAAAACUCGUCCCAGUCUCCCAGCAGUGGGCCUGAGAAUAACCCACAGUCCCUUUCUUGCCAGCUGUCGAGUGGCUCUACUUCAAAGAUGAACCCUUUACCGUCAGAUCGCAGAUUUGGUGUCAGGACGGACUGUCACGCCACGUCUUGCGUCGGACAAUUCCAGCAGCAGAACUGUCCCAAUCGGAUCGAACUGAACCAAAAUAAGCCGAGGUUCCUGGGGCCAAACGGCCAAGGAAAGUCGUUCGGGAUGAACAACGUAGCCGGCGUCCAACACCAGAGAGCAACAGCUGACUUGCAUUCCUCCGGGGUGGCACUGCAGGGCCUUGGAGGCUCAGUGACAAAUGUCGGCCUGGCCUGGGCUUCGGCCAGCAAUCAAAUGACAACUGGACUCGGUGCGAGGCGUCUACCAAACCCACUGCAGCCGCAGAGCGUGCAAGACCUGCCAAACCACUCUUAUCGACCGCGGAAUAUCAGCCCACCCAACCACAUAGCCCCAGAGAUCGGGAUGUUCCCUGUGAACCCUUUAAUAAGGCUGAGACAAAGCCAGGCCAUGAUGGGCUGUCCGUCACCAAUGAGAAACCUGAACCAGGCCUCUCCUGAGCAGAGAGUACCAGCAGGUAGUUUUACUGAAACCAACCCCAGCAGCUACCAGAACAAUAGAUCCAACCGUCUGACCUUUGACUUCCUCCCUGAGGGAGACAACACAGUCCCAGGCAUCAACGCAGACUCAGACUUCAUCGACUCGCUGCUAAAAUCCGGCUCUGGAAACGACGACUGGAUGAAAGACAUCAAUCUGGACGAGAUUCUGGGCAGUCAUUCAUAAAUCUGGAUUACAGAUUGCAAAAGAAAAAUCGACCUGCAGCUCAAAUUGUAGAGUUUGUGUAUAUAAUGUAAAAUGAAUAAAACUAAGAAAUUUUAUAAACUCAAAACUAUUUGUUAUCCGUGUAUACUGAAUUGUUUUGUAUUGUAUUUCCUGCGAAAGGAUUUUGUCUUUUGAUCUCAGUACUUGCAUAUUUGUUCCUUAUAUAUUCCCCAAGAAACAGCUUUUCAUUAAUGUCGCCGUUUCAUUUUAUUAUUAUUAUUUCUCGUAGACUGUAUUUCAUGCUUUAGUGUUGCUGUUGAGGAAUAAAAUACAAAACUGGCACUGUGAAAACAAAACAAAGAUGUUGCCUUUAAAGACACCUUGCGUUGAGUUUUUUUGCAUGACACAGUAUUUAGCCCCUGAAGUUUUACCACCACACGCAGAAUCUUGCCAGGUUUCCUCUUUAUUGUUCAAACAUUCUCCUCUGUGGUAGAUUUUUAAGCAUUUCAAAUAAAUGUAAUCACUUUUUUUUCCUCUUGUGAUAUUUAAUAAUUGGUAUAGUAAUUAGACAUUAUGUUACUUGUAAUUAAUAAAAUUUAUUUGAACAAAG